GUGAUCGCCAGUGCCACAGGCUCGAAGCCAUGGCCCAGCACUGCGGAGCCCCAGUCCGUAUAGAGCCGGACGCUUCGUAGUACCAGGGGGCCAUGCCGCGGCCCGCGGCGCAGCAGCGCACCCUGGCGUCGCGCGCCCAGCCGCGUCCGGUAUGGCCCGCGACCGGUCGCGCGGCCGUCGUGGCCGCGCUGCUGGCGUCGGGCGGCCCCCGCGCGUGCGCGGAGUGGGCGCCCGCCGGCGCGGACGGCGCCUGCAGCGCUGAGGCCUCGCUGCUGCAGCUGGCGGGCAGCGUGCGGAAGGAGGCGCAUGGAUCCACGGAAGGCGCUGGAGUCCUGGACGUACCUCUGCACUCGGAGCUGCAGUUGCCUGCGACUACGCCGAGACCCGCCUCCGCAGUCGAUGCAGGCUCGAAUGGCAGCUCGAGCGGCACGAUUACCGUGCCCUUGGACUCGAAUCUUCAAGUGCCGCACGCAAUCCGAAAGGCUGAGUCUGUUGAGCAGUUAGAGAGGAGUGUGCUAGAAGGUGUUGCAGUGGCGGACGUGCCUCUGGACUCGGAGCUGCAGUUGCCUGCGACUACGCCGAGACCUGCCUCCGCAGUCGAUGCAGGCUCGAAUGGCAGCUCGAGCGGCACGAUUACCGUGCCCUUGGAUUCGAAUCUCCAACUGCCGCACGCAACCCGAAUGGCUGGGUCUGCUGAUCGGUCAGGGAGGAGUAUGAUGGUGGGUGCUGGAGUGGCGGACGUACCUCUGGACUCGGAGCUGAAGAUGUUUACGACUACUCAAAAAGCCGCCUCUGCGGUUGAUGCAGGCUCGACUGACAGUUCGAGCGGUACGAUUACUGUGCCUUUAGAUUCGAAUCUUCAAGUGCCGCACGCAACUGCAAAGGCUGGGUCUGCUGAUCGGCCAGAGAGCACUAUUCCUGAACGUGCUGGAGUCGUGGACGUGCCUCUGAACUCGGAGCUGCAGCUGGCUACGACUGCUCAAAGAGCCGCUGCCGCGGUUGAUGCGGGCUCGAGUGGCAGCUCGGGCGGCACGGUUGCCGUGCCCUUGGACUCGAACCUGCAGACGUCGCAGUCCGAGACGCACACGCCGCCUCCGCCGAGAACCCCUCGCCGGCGCCGCGGCGAGCCCGCCGAGCCGACCGCCGCCGCGCCGGGCUCGGCCGCGGGGCCGCGGGGCCUCGCCCACCGCUCGCUGCUGCAGGCGCUCGCCCGGCGCGCCGCGGGCGGCGGCACUCCGCCCGGCGGCCUGGGCCAGCGGUCGCUGCUGCCGGCGUUCGCGGAGGGCGCCGGGGGCGGCGGCGCCUCGGUCGGCUGGGGCGCUGCGCUCGGCCUGGGCGCGCUGUACGGAGACUGUUGCAUGUCCUUGGCCCUGACCACAUCGGGACCCUGAUCACCCUCAGUGCCACGGCCGCGCCCGCCCGGGCGUUCGUGAUCGGCACCUACUGGGGCUGCGGGCACUGCCUGGGCAUGGUUGUCAUCGGCGGUGCUUUCCUCCUCGCGGACGAACUCUCAGGAGGGUUCGUGGAGGCGUGGGAAUGCUACGGGAACUACGUCAUUGGUGUUUCCAUGGUCGCCGUCGCCCUCUAUCCUGUGCGCCUGCACCGCCUCGGCCACGAGGUGCACGCCGACGGCAGCAGCACGCUGAAGGCGUGCGCCUGCUGCGGCCCGGCCAGCGCGGACGCCGCCAGCGAGACGAAGGC